AAGAAUGUAUUGUCAUCUGCCACAAUAUAUGUCAAAAAUUCAACAUGCCUACGUAAAUAAUAAUUUAUCCAAACAGCAUAUAACAAUAUCGAUCUAAUCAUGUUAUAUACACUCAGAUAGUCAAGAAAUCAACACAAUGUCAAAAUGUAGCAAAAUCAAAAACCCAUGUAAAAUAUGUUUGGGGCCUGUUUCUCAAAAGAAUGGAUUGCAAUGUCAUGGUGCCUGCGAGAGCUGGGUACAUUAUAGUUGCUUGAACUACACACCUGGUAAAAUAAAAGAUAUAAAAGCGGGUAUUAUUACAGUAACUUGCCCAUGCCCCGAUUGUAAAACGACACUGCCGAAGGAAUACAUGACUAACGAACCGUAUAGUUGUACGAAUCUGCAAUGUCCAGCUAAUAGGCCACCCCAAUGUGAAAAUACGAAGUGCCCGGUAAAUAAAGGAGCUCCCAAUAAAAUGAAUCAGACUUCAGCGACGCCUCCUUGCCCUUUGAGCCAGUGUGGAAACUCUUGCAAAGAACAUAGUAAUUCACAAGUUCCUAACUCUACAAAACCUCCAGUGGGAGCAGCCUGUGCUAUGCAGCUAAUGUCAUCUUCUUCAGAUGAUUGCACAAGUUGCAAAAUAUGUCCGUCAGGUUACUCAUCAUCUACAGAGAUUCCUGCUGGUGACAUGAGGAGGAAAGCUAAUGUUAAUAUGGCAGGGGUACCAACGCUAAUAGCAGUAGAACGGCUUUGUAACACUGUUGGUCAAUUGACUAAUCAAAUCAAUGAAAUGAUGAUAACUUUAAAACAAGGUGCAGACAUCGAAGGAGAAGGAGGAUGUGGUCAUACAAACUGUCCGCAGAAAGGGCCAAAGUCCAUGUGCCCCAAGCCAUGUUACUGUCCAGGUAACCCUGGCAGGGGUAGGAGGCGAUAAUAAGUCUGGUAACAUAUAAAAUUGCAAUAUUGUCUGUUAUCAUCUUGAUUUUUAUCUAUACAUUAAUACUAUAUGAGUAAACCAUUAAAAUCUAUAAUAUUAGAUUGCUUUUAUCUAUAAUAAACUAUUUAAUCAGUUUCUGCUUUCAA